AAAAUGAAAACACCGUCCUAUAAAUGAAAGGCGUUGGGAGUGUAGAUUGUGCAAUUGUUUUCAAGCAAUUUCACUACGAACGUUGCUUAAUCAUUAUAAUAAGGUUCAUGGAAAUGAGCCCAAUUUUCAAGUAGUGUGUGGCAUCGAGAAUUGUCCAGCAACAUUUACGAAAUAUAAUUCGUUAUACAAGCACAUUACAAGAUCUCAUAAAGAAGUCUACGAUAAUAAUAUCGAGGAUAAUACCAACGUUGAAUUUAACCACAACAAUGAGGAUAAUAUCGAUGAUAUGGACGAUAUUGAUCACCACUUCUCAGUCGACUCAGCCUCAGAUGAGAGCAGUAGUGAUGAAGAAUUGGAAUUGGAAAUGAAUAUAGAUAAGAACCAGAAUGUUGACAAUAUUGAUAUUACAAAGAGUGCUGCCUCAUUCCUCUUAAAGGUGAAAGAAAGGAAUAAAAUACCUCAGGUUGCAAUGGAAUCAAUAAUGGACAGUACACGCACACUGGUAAAGCAAGUGGUAGAUUCUGUGAAAGCGGAAGUUUUAAAUGUCAUGGCCUUCUACCCUCAAUUGAAAUUGUGGAUGUUUACAAAAGUUGCUUAAGACGUUAUCUUUCCAUGAAAAACAUCAAGC